CCCGCCGCCGCUGCUGGACGCUGCCGCUUGCCGCAGGUGUCGGCGGGCGCGCUGUCCCUGUACCUGGCCAACCUGUCGCCGGAGGACGUGAUCGCGCAGCGCCGCCGCGCCAAGUGGCUGCACCUGCUGGCCGUGGGCUGCGUCAUGCUCUCCAUGACCUCGGACGUGGUCAAGAUGGGCUUCGGCCUCGACCCCGCCCUCCCCUACAACGCCUCCAUGCGCUACUACGAACCGCCAACAUCCUAACGUUCCGCGAACACUUCCCUAUUUUCUUAAUAUUUCUUAAAGAAAAAAAGAUAAUAAUACAAAAGGCGGGUUCUGACAAAAACUUUAGAAGCGAUGGGCCGCUUUUGUUUGUCCUGAAAUUGAUCUGCUGGAGACCAUUGUGGGGACGCUUCUCUGGGAGGGCAUGCUUCAUCUCCACCGCUAUACAUAGCAAAUGACUUUCCUCCUCAACUCGUUAACGAUGCCAGGGCCAGGCGGCCAGGCAGGAGGCUAGGCGGGCUGGGGCUGGCAGCUGUGUAGGGAGGGGCGGGGCUGGAGAGGGACUCGUUGGUCGGCAGGACGGAGUGGACAUUUUUCUAAGGACCAAUAUACAAUAUCUGGGGGUAACUUAAAAAUCUCAUAAUUUCUAUGCGUUGAUCUGACCUAUCAGUAUUUUGUAAACAAACGAUGCAUUUAACAAAAAAAAAUGAAAAAAAUAAGAUAGUUUGUAAGUGUCUGUGACGGAAAUAAACGUGACUUCAGUAUUUUAUGUAAACAA